AUGCUGGAAAGUUUCAUUGCUCAGCUUAUAUGCCAUGGGGAUUGGACCUCCGAUUAUGCCAAAUUGAUGUGCUGCGAACUUGAACAAGGUCGUGGUUGGACGGAAUUGGAUUUAAUGAAUUGGUUCGAGAGACACAUCUUCCUCUUGCGUAUUUCUUUUGUUGUUAAUAACAUUGAUGACUGUCUGGAGUCUUCUCAGGAUGGCCUUAUGUCUUAUUUCUCCAGGCUCACAUCGGGAACUGAGCGUUUGAUCAAAAUCGCUAUCACAAGUCGUGAGCCUCCGCCGAGCACGAAUGAUAUUCCAAUCAUUCUCUUCAUCAACCUGGUCGGCAGUAAAGCAAAUACGGCAGUCGAUGGAAACUCUCUCGAAUUAUACAAGAAAUUUAGACCCGGUAUUCCUCCUUCGAUGGAAGUCAUUCAACGGCAGUUGUGUGGCUUCAAUCAUAUCGAUCCACUCCUUUUACACAUACUCUACGAACAAGCGAAGUUCAAAACAAUCCGGAUAGAGGACUUUAUCCAGGGAGUAGGUUUCCAAAAACCGAUGAGCGAGAAAGUUGUACCAUCUCUGGAAUAUACUUUGGAACGAAUAUUUCAAGAGAUUCCCAACACUCAUUCAGUCCGGCAAUUUUUGAUGUGGAUAACGUAUGCCGCAAGACCGAUGACAGUUUGGGAACUUGCCACUGGUUUCUUUGUUGGUUCAUGUCAUGGUCAGGGCAGCAAGAUAAGCCCUAGUAAAUCGUUUUUGAGAGAAAUGAUCGCACACUGGGAAAGCUGCUACGCUGGUAUCAUAGAGAUACGUCAGAAUGAAGUCAGGCUAUCAAAUCCUCGUUUGAGAGAUAUUUUUAUGGUUCCACAGACAGACAACGGACCGUCAUACCUUUGGAAUGAGAUACAAGAAACGGCCGAACUUGAAAUAACAAGGUCGUGUCUGGAGUACCUCUCGAGAGAUGAAACUCGAGAGAUCACAGAAUCAUAUUUAGCCCCAGUACUUGAGUGGAAUCGACCAUCUAUCUUUGCUGAUCGACGCAAUUUCUGA